CGGGGCGGGGCCAGCGCGCGCGGGAAGCGCCCACGGGGCGGCCGGCCGGCUCCUCAGCGCCGCGCGUCAUGGCCAUCUCGGUUCCCGGCUACUCGCCCAGUUUCAGGAAGCCUCCCGAGACUUUGCGGCUCCGACGGAAAAGGGUCCGUAGCCUUGAGGCCGCCGCUUCACCCAGGGAGCAGCCCGAGCCGGUGCCCCGCCGCGCCGCUCUGGCCGCCGGGCUGCUCCUCCGCCCCUUCCCGGCGGCUGCUGGCAGAGGCGGCGGCGGCCCGGCCGCGGCCCGCAGGAACCCCUUCGCCCGCCUGGACAACCGGCCGCCGGCCGCCGCGGGGCCCCCCGACGGGCCGCCCCGCGGCCAGCAGGAGGCGCAGGACCCGUGUUUAGAUUCUAAUCAAGAAAAUGAUUUGCUCUGGGAAGAGAAGUUCCCCGAAAGAACAGCCGUGGCCGAGUUACUCCAGACUCCACAAGUAUCAUUCUCCAAAUCUGAUAUUCCAUCCUCAGAAAGUACUGAGUUACCUGUGGACUGGAGUAUUAAAACUCGACUCCUUUUCACCUCUUCUCAACCCUUUACCUGGGCAGAUCAUUUGAAAGCACAGGAAGAGGCUCAAGGUAUCAUCCAGCAUUGUAGGGCAACAGAAGUUACUUUGCCUCAAAGUAUACAGGAUCCCAAACUCUCCACUGAGCUCCGAUGUGCCUUCCAGCAGAGCCUUAUUUACUGGCUCCACCCUGCCUUUCCUUGGCUACCUCUGUUCCCUCGCAUUGGAGCUGAUAGAAAAAUGACUGGAAAGAUAAGCCCUUGGUCAAAUGAUGAAACCUUGCAACACAUUUUAAUGAGUGAUUGUGGCCGCUUCCUUUCUCAGCAGAAGCUGCUCAGAGAAAGUCAGCACCCAGUUACCAAGUCUGUGAGCUUCACUUCUCUAUAUAAUUUGCUGAAGACAAAACUUUGCCCAUAUUUCUACGUUUGUACCUAUCAGUUUACUAUCCUGUUCCGUGCAGCAGGCUUAGCAGGAAAUGAUGUAAUCACAGCUCUCGUGUCUCCGACAACUAGAGGAAUAAGAGAAGCUAUGAAAAAUGAAGGUAUUGAAUUUUCUCUGCCGUUAAUAAAAGAAAAUGGCUAUCAGAAGAAAAAGACAUCUGGAACAAGCUUGGGAAAUGGAGAGGAACAAGUAAUCAGUGAUGAUGAUGAAGAUGAAAGUUUUUCCUGGCUGGAAGAGAUAGGUGUGCAAGACAAAAUUAAAAAACCAGACAUACUCUCUAUCAAGCUACGCAAAGAGAAACAUGAAGUGCAGAUGGACCACAGACCUGAGUCUGUUGUGUUGGUGAAGGGAAUGAACACCCUUACAUUGCUGAAUUUUUUGAUAAACUCUAAGAGUUUAAUUGCAAGCUCAGGCCCACAGGCAGGACUUCCACCAACCCUCUUAUCCCCUGUAGCUUUCCGAGGUGCCACAAUGCAAAUGCUUAAGGCACGAAGUGUAAAUGUGAAGACACAAGCUGUUUCUGGAUACAAAGACCAAUUUAGUUUGGAGAUUACAGGUCCUAUCAUGCCUCAUUCUCUACAUUCUGUGACCAUGCUACUCAAAUCUUCACAGAAUGGGUCAUUUUCUGCUGGACUGUAUACACAUGAGCCAACUGCUGUAUUUAAUAUCUGCCUGCCAGUGAAUAAAAUACUGGAUAAGGAGACACUUCAGGAGGAGCUUGGUAACUGUGGGUUGCACCCUAAGACUCUGGACCAACUUAGUCAAAUACCAACACUGGGAAAAUCAUCUUUACGGCUUGUGGAAUUGAGUGACUUCGUUUAUAAUUGGAGAUCCUGAACACCAAACAUAAUGUUCAGAAGCAAUAAGGUUCUUGAGUAAGCAAGCAGAAAACCACCAUCAGGUCAGUUGGCCUUUUACUCAUCUGCACAUCUUUUCACCUUCUUGCAGUUGCUCAGAGAUACAGUUUGGUCUUAAGAACUCCAUUUCUUCAAAGAAUGUAUUUACUAUAUACAUAAACGAAUCCUUUGUUUUCAGUUUAUAUGUAUUAAUGACCCAAAUUAAAAUAUUUCUGGGGGGGUACAUAACAACAUGAACCAACACAUUUAAAAUUAAAUAUGUCUGAAAUGUCUUAGGUCCUCCUUUUCAAAGCUCAUAUCCUACCUGUAAAAAUGUUAUGCUAAGCAGAGGUGACUUCAUGGUUUAACUUUUUAAAACGUUUCAUAAUGUCCAGAAAAAUUCUUAAAGAACAAAUCCCCAAUUUAUCAGAUUUGUGGAAGGCUCAACCAUAAAAGGAAAAACACAUCAAGUAAGUAUUUGAUGUUCUUUGUUCUGAUGUUAAGAGCUCAUGUUGACUUGUAUCAUCAUCAAUUCUUAUUAUUUUUCUUCUAACACAACCCAUUAAUAUUUCCUAGUGAUUUCACCCAAGAAAAUUCAUUUUUGGAAAAUAUUUGACAUGAAAAGGUUUUCCUAUAUUCAUAUGCAAAACAUGAUUAGAGGUACUGCAUGAAUAUUACAAAUAUAAGGAAGUCAGUAAUAUAAAUUAACAGCUAAGGAUUUUUCUUAAAGCUAAGGGCUACCUGUAAUUUAACUAUGUACUACAUAUGAAAUACUUCUUAUAAAAUAAAGACCUAUAUAGAAGGGUGUAUGACUCUAAGAGAAUAAUUCUACCUUACGCAUAAGGAUAUAAGAGAAUAAUUCUACCUCACGCAUAAGGAUUACUAGUCCCCCUUUUUCUGCCUUCAGAACCCCUUAUUAUUCCAUCAUUCUUUGUUAUCUUGCUGAGUCAUCUCAUAAUACUCCCCCAGCAAAAUUAAAUUUUUUCUUCCACAUAUUCUUAUGUAUUGCCUUCUUAAAACGAAAGCAAAGCUAAAUUCAUUCUGUAAUUGUUAAGACUGUUUACAGAUCCCAUGAAAGAUCUUAACUGUCAACGUAGUAAAUUAUCCACACUAAUUAGAAUAUGUCUGGGGCCUAUAAAAAAUAAUCUAAGCAGUCACAAUUAAACACUAAAACUCUAGGGGUCUUCACUUGUCACUUUUUUGAUAAUUCUGAUCAACUGCUGGGACUUUAAAUAAAUGGGAACCCAAAUAUUUCAGGCCAGAAUUUACAUUCCUUUGGCCUACCUUAUGUGUUUCCUAAAACUGUCAGGUAGGAUUACUGAUGCAAUUUGAAAGCCCAGCAAAUAUACCUCAAGUACUGUUCAUUAACCUUGUCCAAAUUACUUUGGGUAGCAGUCUGUAAAUCUGAGGAUGUUUAGGUAUAAAUAACAGGUUUUUAUUCUGAAAAAGUCUAAGCUUAGAGGUGAUAAUGUGGAAAAUUGAUCUACUGACUACUUCAAGCCCUGAUCCCCAAUUUCCAGCUAUAAAUUUUGCCAUGAAAAUGUAAAGAUGGCUCUAAAAGCUCCCAACUUCUCUAGAAUAAAAUUCUUCCCAAUUAGAAAACAAAUGAAUACACACCUAUGAUCUGAAGACCUAUCUUCAUAUAUUUUUUAAGUCUUUAAGCAGAUAAUCUAAAUGCCUCAUCAUUUAUCCCCAGGAUGAAACUUCAUUCAAAUCUCAGUAACACUUUGUAACAUUCACAUCUCACUCUGGAAGAAAUUUUAAUAUAGCAACCUUGAUGUUUAAAAUAAAUUUACUUCAGAUAAAAUGAUAACCAGUUUUUUUCCUGACUACAACUUAAUUCACCCAACAGGCUUACCAAGAGAGUAAUCUUACUAUUCAUUUUAUAUUCAUAUUUUUAAAUGUGAAGAACAUACUCAAAAUAAAAUGAACCAGGAUUAUCUGAACCUCUUAAGGAUCCUCAAAUGUUUGAAUCAAAAAAGCAUGUUUCCAGGUUUUCAAGGUAAUUCAAGAUAUGUAAUAAUGUAUAAUCCCCAAAACACUAAUAUUCAAGGACUAGACCAAAUGUCACAUAUGAGUAUUGAAACUCUCAUUAAAUAUCACAGCUACCCUUUAGAACACUGGUCAGUAGUAUUUUCUACAGUCACAGCUAAUGAGCACUUAAAAUGUGGCUAGUGCAAUUAAGGAAAUGAUUUUUCAGUGGCUAGUGACUACUCUACUGGACUAUAUGGUAUAUGUGUGUGUACAUAAACACUAUAUAGUGGAUCAUACUAUGUAGUGGAGCUUCAGAGCCUUAACCAUCUUUCAGUGUUGCUCAGAAAGAGGAAUAGGUUUAAGGUACCGAAAUGAUGUUAAAAAGCCCUUCUAAAAAGUAGGAAAAAAUCUUAAAUUUGAUAGAACGCUAUUAAGUGGUCAUCAACAAGCCUCAUUUGUUUCCACUGUUAUACUACAAACUUUUAAUCUAAUGUAUGAAGUCUAAUUAUGAUACUAUAAUAAUAUUCUAAGUAUUAUAAUUGGGGAAAAUGUUUAGUUUCCUUUUCCCUAGGACUUGUUUUAAAAAGUGAAAUCUACCUCGAGUAUCCAAUUCCAGUUCUCCUAUAGUUAAAAACCUGUCCACGUUAUUUCAUUUCUCUACUACAGCAACACAGCAGAUCACUUCUCCUAUAAUCCAAAAGUGUCAGAAAUGAAAUCAUAAUGUAACAUGCAUUUCACAGCCUAAGUUAUAAUCAUGUCCUUUCUGUAUCUUCCUCAUUUAAAAACCCUUCUAAGUCAACUUCCUUACCCCUUUCGUUAACCCACCUGUUUACAUAAAUACAAGUAUCUCAGGGGCAUUUCUUAGAAAGUCAAUUAAAGGGCUAAAGAGAAUUAUUAGGAGGGAGUCAGAUAGGGAAAAUAAGCCCUAUAAUAUGAAUUGUAUUACUCUCUACCUAGACAAUUACAGGUAUCUUAAAACAGAAGAGUAUAAAAGGAAAUGUUUAAUUCAAAAAAACAGAAUUAAAAAAAAAGCAUCUGAUCUGUAUGUAAAAUAGGACUUUAAGAUACUUAUUAGCAAAAAUUAAUAAAUUACAAAGAGGUUCAUAUAGAAAAGAAAAUGACAACUAUAAAAACAAAAGCCACACAAAAUACAGAAUACCUCAGUUGUCAUGGGUUUGGUUUUAAAAUGUGAAUUACAAAUCUUUUAUUACACCAUAUGGAAUUCUCUAAUGUAACUCCUAUACAUUUAAUCUGAAUAAACUAGAAUAAGAAAAACAGGUAACCUAUUAAGUUGUUCAAAGAAAUUCAAUGUUAAUCACCCAGGAGAAUCUAAGGAAAAAAGAAUGAAUAGCAAGGCUGUAUUUAACCAUUCUAGCACUGCCAGGACCCAUGUAUUUAAUUUUCAAUUAAAAUUUACAUCUUACCCCAAGAACUUAACUUUCCUAAAGUAUAAGGUUGGAACUUCUAUACUUGAAGAACUUCUAUACUUCCACUGGGAAGUGGAAAUAUUUUUUAAUAAAACAAACCAAGCACACUGACACAAGAAUCAUCUUAACAUGUAAGCAAUUACUAGACCUUAAUGGAGAGCUACCUCUGGACCUCUGAUAAUUUAUGAUUAAUAGUAAACCCAAGGAAAUGUUAUAUCAAAGAUUACAUUUAAAUCUUCUACCCAAUAAGCCUCUAACUUUAUUAGCAAGAAUUAAUGCCCCCAAGGACACUUUUUUUAAAUAUUAGUUUUCCACCAUUUUUGAUUUCACUGUUUAAGAAUAAAUCAAAUUCACACAAAUAUGGUCAAAGUUCUGUAGACACUCCUUACUGAGGAUGAUGCUGGCUGGCUUCUGGGUAGGAAGACGAUGCUAUGGCAGUAAGGCACAGUCUGAUGAGCUGAUACUCCAUAAGAUACGGAUUUAUGUUGAUCCAUCCACAUCUAUCCACUCACGUUUAUGUCAAAGAGCACUCAUGUGCAAGACAAUUGGUGGGGUUAAGGAUUACAGCAAAGCUGAGACCAAAUCUGUGAUCUUUGCCUAAAUGUUUUAUGCUCAAAACUAAAAAACCACAAACUCCAUUUAUAUUUAUUAAAAUGAAAAACACGGAUAGGUUAAAAAAUAAAUAAAUACUAAUCAGUUAAAACAGUGACCAUUUGAAAGAACUUUCCUUUUACUCUAUAAAAGCCUUUAUUUCAACCCCAGACAGGGAAUCAAAAGGGUCAACGCUCCCAUGUCACCAUUCCACAAACACUGGUAUGUAGAACGUAAUCUUACAAAUACAUGUAUUUGCAAGAUACAGCUAAAUAACUAGGACUAAACGUUUUAUAUUGUGACCACUUCCUCUAGGUGUUUACUACUAUUGUUACGUAAAAGCACAGAGACCUGAAAGCAAAACGAAACCAUGGUUUUUCUCUUCUAAAAUUUUGGGAUUGUUUUUGCUUAAAAUUAACCUAUGUAUUUUUUGAGUCUGACUUAAAGAAUUCUGGUAUCAUAUAGUUGUAUAUAUCCUCCCACAGAAGAAAUCCGCUUCACUUAUUUAGUUUUCCGACCUUUUUCUUCUGCUUUAAUGAAAGACUGCUUAAUAUAAAAUUUGAAUACCCAACUUUUCCCCCUGGGAUUUCUUUGGAAUUCCCCCCAACUUUUAAUUAAAACUGACAACUACUUUUGAUGACUGAUAAGGCUAAGGCAUCACAGGGUCAGUGUUAAGACUGAAAAUGGCAGAGUACUGAGAAUUUCAAACAUAUAUAUACAGACACGUAUGAAGUUUCAAUAAAAAAGAAAUACUCAUCAGGAUUCACUAAGCACUUUCUGCAUGUUCAACUGUGGUUAGAAUACCUAUGAUCACUUCUCAGGAAAAUCCCUUGGAACUUUUCAAUUAUUUACAGGGCUUUACUCAGCUGAAAAAUUUUUCUCACAUAAUCUCCGUAUGUUUUCCAACUCUAUUACAUGCUUAAUCUGCAAAUUACUAAAAGCGUAUGUAUCAGAAUUUCUAAAUCAGUCUGUACUGGCCCUCUUACCAUGAUUUAUAUUCAGCCUACUACAAGAUUUAAGUCAAUUGCAGAUGUCAGUUAACCUUUCCCUCUUGAGAUGUGCAGGUAGUCUAAUCUGGGGAUUAGCAACAGAGCUACUGAACUGGUUUCACUAAAAUAUUGUCUAAAUCAGCUAUCCCUUCCCCACUGGUGAGAGUAUAACUUGCUUCAACUACUGAAUCCCACAUAAAUACAAAUCAUCACUGGUGACCAUAAAUUGCAUUGGUUAAUUAGCGUGUCCAGCUUCAUUGUAUAGAACUUGCUCUCUCUUAAAAUGCCGAUCAAAAAAGCACAAUAAAAAAUGUCACCUGUGAAUAGCUCAGGGGAAAAAAAAUACUAUCAAAAGAAUUCUGAUUUGGGUUCUGUUCACUUUCUGAUUUUAUAAACAACAGGAUUUAUUUAUUUGUAAUAAUGGAGGUGUUUAGUGGAAGACGAUAUGGCCAAUGCAAGGAACCUGAGGUGGAGAGAACAGGUCUCUCUGACCUACAUAUCCCAGAACUGCAAGAAAAGGAAGUGGGGAAGAAGUCCCACAUUGUAAGGGCAUCAGAUUAUCUAGUCCAGUCCUUGGACAAACGUCUGGGCUUUGGAACCAAGGGCAAGAGGUGGUAACUAAUCUAUAGUAUCAUUUAAAACUCCCACCCACCCUAGUAAGUCUCCACCCUCCCAGAUCCCCCAAGCGUGAUUUUGCACAACAAGUUAAAUAAAAGUAAACUGUUUAUUAAAAGAUACAGCAAAGGUACAGAUACAGAGAUACAUACAAAGAUACAGAUAUAUAUAUAUAUAUUUACAUAUAUAUACAGUCUUGCUGUUUUCAUGUGCACUAUAUUUAGCAGCACAUUAUUUAAUCAGUCAGCAUUUUAAUGGGGUUGUUUUGACACUUGGUGUUAUUACUGCGUCAUUUUGACAAGAUACAACUAUAGCCUCAUGGAAAUUUCAAGGUGUGAAUUCCACUUCUCCAACUUUUAAUAGUAGCAAAGAGGGGAAGGAGAAGGGAAAUGGAGUACCAAGGCUGAGCAUUAGGUUAAACACAAGAAUUCCAAAGGGCCAAGGUAGCACAGGGAAGGGAAAAUGAUUAAAAUUAAAGGCUAUCUGACAACCCAAAAAAUAGUAAGAGAAACCAUUAUUUAAGGGCAAUGGGCUAUGUUAUAUAUCCAAGAUGCUCACACAUCAGCCUACAGUGACCUUUUCCAAUCCAGUUCUUGUGUUGAACCUGAGGAUCUGCCUCUCUCUGCUCAAUCCCUCCACCCAGUAAAUUUGCUACCACCAAAAUCUAGAGCUAUAGAGCCUCGAAGCAAAACGGGAAGCUAAAUAGUUGUACCUUGGGCUACCUUCCCAUAAGUGCAAGGAGGGCCCAAUGUUGGGUAGGGAUGUGAUAACACUGUUCUCUGCAAUUCGAUGCUUUUCACUUUGUGGCUUGGUUCCACAAAGUGAAUUGCAUCGAGUUACUGUCAAAUGAGAAGCUGCGGGUUGUUUCAUCUGUCGUCUAACCCGGCCCUGCCGUUUAACCCGGCCCUAAGAAGAGUGAAACAGAAGCCAAAUCAGAUAUAAAGUAACAAUAAAAUGGGAGAUUCAGGUAUUAAAAACAAAAAACAAAAAAACACAAUAUUCCUCUUACUUACCUCAGAGGGCAAAUUGCUGCUGAAAACAUUAUCAUCAUCUUUGUUCUCUUCACCAUUUUUCUCUACAGGAACCCACUCUCCAUAAACACUAUCUGCUUCUUUUUUUCGAUGUUGAGAUCCAGAUGACACAGGAAACUCUUUUGUUAAUGUUACCUGGCUUUUUGGUGGAGUUGGUUUUGCUGCAGCAAUCUAAAACAUAAUGUGUUUCCUUAAUUAACACUUAAGAGGUUUUUCAACAUAAUCUGAAAAUAAUUGUUCACUAUUUCUGACAGUAUUUAAUAAAACAUUAAAACAAUUUAA